GUUCACUCACCUUGGAGCACAAUUGAAAUACCUGGAAUAGCAUAAAGUGAGUCUAGACCGCGCCGAUGUCAGACACAAGGACAGGAAAGGAGGCGACACCAACACCAAAAGGUCGGGUGUGGCUUGUCACCGGUGCAUCAUCUGGUUUUGGCUAUGAGGUUACAAAGUGCGCUCUCUCCAAAGGAGACAGCGUUGUCGUCGCUACACGCCACACCGACUCUGACGCACUCACCCAAUUAUCGAAGUUGUAUCCUCGGCCUCGUUUACUUCUAGUCAAAACCAACGUCACCAGCCUCUCAGAUAUUCAGCAUGCAUUCGCACAAGCCAAGCAAGUCUAUGGCAGACUUGACGUCGUGUUUAGCAACGCUGGGUUUACUAUGCUCGCGGAAGCCGAGGGAACGCCUGAGGAGGACGCACGGAGGUUGUUCGAAGUGAACUUCUGGGGCUCUUUGCAUGUCAUACAGGAAGCUGUCAAAUUCUUUCGUGACGUUAACCCUCCUGCUGUGGGAGGAAGAAUCAUUCAGAACAGCUCUGUCAGUGCACUGUACUGCUUCCCUGGUCAAGGUAUAUAUACGGCAUCCAAGCAUGCUAUUGAGGGCGUUACCGAGACCCUCGCUUCAGAACUGGAUCCCGCAUGGAAUAUAAAGAUCACCCUGUUGCAGCCUGCACUGUUUGAUACCCCUGCACGUACCACAAACCUCGUAAUAGCACCUGUUCUCCCAGCAUAUGUCAAUACGAGCUUGCCUUCCAUCCAAACGCGGCAAUUUGUCAGUUCAAUACCAUUCACCGGCGAUCCAGAGAAAGGGGGUCGCGCCAUUUACAGACUCAGUGAGCUUGCGGACCCUCCGCUCCGUCUACCUCUGGGCAAGGAUGCUGUAAGGCUGGCUAGGGAGAAGUUGGCUAUGGUUGGAAAGAAUGUGGAUGAGUAUGAGAGUUGGUCGGAUAACUUAGAGUUUGACACUAUUCACCCCAAGCGGUGAAUAGCUUGUGACUGCAAAUCAUACAAUAUGUUCAAUGUACCUAAUAUGCCCUCAAGGCUGUUUGUUUUAAAGAGAAACGCGUCGAGUC